AUGGCAAUUGGCCUAUUUGACACCGUGAUGUCCGGCGGCCGGCUAAUUGUAUUAGAUCGGUUGGGGCGAGAUGUAAAGGCUUUUCCUUUAGAGGAGGGUUUGGCUACCAUUGGCAGUGAUCCUGUAUGUGAUAUAAGGGUUAUGCUGCCAACUGUUAGCCCUCAUCAUGCAACUGUGGUUGUUCAUACUAAUCAAACAGUAGUACGUAGCGAAUCUGCUGGAGAGACAUUAGUAAAUGGUGCCGCUGUCAGUGUGGCAGCACUUCGACAUGGUGAUGAGUUAACUGUUGGAGGGCGCACUCUGCGCUGGGAGUACAAUGAUCCCAAUAAACCAAGACCUCUUGCACCACAGCCAGCGCUGGCGCGGCGCGCCGCGCGGUCCCGCGCGCGCCGCCGCGUGUCGGCGCCAUCCGCGCGCGCGCCGCUGGCGCCGCCGCACCGCGCCUCCAUGCCCAGUUCAUCAAGUGGCAAGCAAGUGGCUAUUGUGCAGCCGCAAAGACGAGAUACCAAUGAUCAAAAUUUGUCGGGCGCAUCGCCGCGGGGCAAGCGCGCGCGCGACGCGGACGACGCGGCGCCCGACGCGCACGCCCGGUCGCCGGCGGCGCGGCUGCCGGGCCCCACCAAGGCGUCGCUGUGGAUCGAGUCGCGCAAGCCGGCGCCGCUGCGCCUGGCCGCGCUGCGCCGCGCGCACUCGCACUCCCACGCCCGCGUCCACAAGAUACAGGCGCCCGCCGUCAUAGAUCACACGAAGCAGGCCGCCAUCAUGCUGAUGGCGGGCCACACGCCCAGGCCCAAGCAGCCGUCGCUGGCGGUGAAGAGGCCCAGCCCCGUGCGGAAGACUCCCAACAAGAGGAGCGCGGCGAAGGCGGGCGGAGGCAGCAAGUCUAUAGGCGCGACGCCGCGACGCGCCAGCACCUACAGCUCCAGGAGCUCUGCGGCUAACAAAACUACUACAAUACUUGAGAUAACAGAUUCAGACACACCGACCACCCGUCAGAGAAACAUGUCGCGGCGCUCUGCUCGGAAAACUUCCUUGAAAUCUCCAGUUCUGCCGAGCCCCAAGAAGUCGUCUCUAAAAGAUCCCUCCACUAAGAAGACUGCCAGGAGAACGGAAUCUAUUAAGUUUGAUUUGAGUAACUUAGAAAGUAACACAACGUCUCCUAACAAUCGAUCGUCGGAAGUGUUGCUCGUCACGAACACGACGCAGGACCGCUCGGACAACAGUGCUUCAGAGGACGACCUCACUUUACAUUAUUCAGAUUCAUCCACUCGCUCGCCGUCGCCGAGAAAAUCUAUACACUCUAGGAGCAGUAAGAUGCUAGAGAAGUCUUUAGGCGCCACGUUCACACACUCACCGUCGGCAGAGCACAGCGCUCUGACACCCGAGUCUCCUCGAGCAAGGAAGUCGUCACGCGGCAGUCUCAUUUUGCAGAAAGCACUGGACAGCCCCGACUCGGAGUCGUCGCGGUUCUCGCGCAGGUCUACCAAGACUAUGUCGGACCAAAGCUACAACACGGUCACUUCGGCGAGAAAGACGAGAACAUUCACUCCGAGAACGUCGCAAAACGUAGAAGCAUACUCUAUAGUCGACUUAGUGUCGAUAGAUUCGAAUGAAUCUCAACAAUCGUUAUACAAUUCGAUAGACUCGAACAGUACUUCGGCUAAUUAUGAUACUCCACAGACACUCACAAGGAAAACGAGGUCCACUAACUUAUUAGGCUCUAGUACGCCGUAUAACGACAGGCCGGCUGCGGUCGAUGCGAGCCCAGAAACUUCUAAAAACACCAUAAAUUCGAUAUCUAGAGUGUCGACCAGAAGGUAUGCCUCCAUGACUACACCAGAGAACUCGCAAAACAUCACCUUUAAUAGUACUAAAAUAUCCAAAGUGCGUAGCAGUAGAUCGCGGAUCAACGACAGCGACAUUCUUCUGGUGGAUGACGACAAUGACUCCCCGAAAUCUUCACGUGGGAAUAAGUCGAAUGUGUCGACUCCCGUGCCGAAGAGCAUCGCGGUGUCCGCGCCCGCCACGCCGCCGCGCCGCGCCGCGCCGCUGCCGCCCGCCACGCCCGUGCUCCGCAUCCAGCGCCUGCUGGACCAGAGCGCCUCGAGCCACACCUCCAUCGCUGACCAAUCGCAGAACACUAGAAGAAAUCCCAAACGAAAAACUAUUGCUGGCAAUAUUUCAGAAAACAAGAAAUUGAAACUGAGUAUAAAGUCUCGAUCCCUAAAUAUGACCAGCCGAAGGUCGCUGAGAGCUAGAAAGUCACCCCCGAGUUUCACGGAAAAUCAAGUGUUGCAAAAUGUUGAGGUCGUAACUCCUAAAAGUGCAGUGAAGUUAGUUCAGGAGGGUGUCAAAAAUAAACACUCUACCGCUAAGAAACCAACGUCGAAACGCUCCAUAAUUGAUAAUCUCGACGAAUCUGACUUUGUCAAACAGUUAUUUAAUAGUCCUGUGAAAAGAAAGCUAUCUCAAAGCAUAACGGAGUUCUCCAGGAAGCAGCUAUUUGAGGAUGAGGAAGCGGCGCCCGCGCGGCGCGCGCGCCGUACUGUGGCCGGGGGCUCCCCCGACACGUCUCUGAUCGAACUGGGAAAUAACGGCACGGCAACGUUUACUCCGGACGUGUUCGUGAGUCCGCUCAGCUCGCCCGGGAAUAGUCCGAAUUUGAGCGGAAUAAGGCGGCUGUUCAGAAAGGACACGCCUGAAAACGAUUUGCGAGACGUCAGAGGCGUGAAAUCGUUGUUACGAACUCCCCGUAAUAAAAAAGCCGUUCAAGAUGACUUGACAAACGUAUCUGGGGUUAAAAAAAUGUUUGCCUCAUCACCCAAAAACGACUUAAGGCGCGUGUCGGGCGUGAAAGCGCUGUUUCAAACGGGGAGAAAAGGUAGAACACCUAAAAACACUUUAGAAGAUGUGAGAGGUGUCAAGAACCUAUUUAGAAACAGUCCGCGCAAUGACUUACGUAAUGUGUCCGGAGUUAAGAAAGGUUUGAGAGUGAACUCUCCACGAAACGACUUAACUGAUGUGAGAGGUGUGAAACAAUUAUAUAGGGAACAGGGACAAAAGAAUUAUUUGAGUGAUAUCAGUGGACUCGAGGAACUGUUCUACGAACCUUCCAACCUCGACAGUACGUUUGACCAAUUGAUGGGCAAACCCCGCGUCCGGUCCUAUGCAAAGGCUAACAGCUUCACUAAAGUCGUCAAACCAGCGAGACAGGCUCGUAACGCCAAAUCUCUACACGACUCGAUCAACCAGAUAACUAACAACGUCGAGGAGUGGUUAGAGAACGAACUGAAGAAGCGAAUGGAGACCAAAAUGCCGACGCCAAAGAAAUCAAUAAGUAUAUUCAACUCGACGCGCGAACUACAGAAGCUAACGACGGACACGGUGGAAGGCAACACGCCGUUGCGUUCGUCGAGAGUUAGAAACAGUACUCUAAAUAAAAUCCAGUUGGACGUAACCGAGCGUCAGAAGUCGGCGUCGGAGGUGUACAGCGCGCAUACGUUGCCUAUCAAGAAGAGGUCUUUAGUGAACGUUGCGAACAAAAGUGGCAAUGAACCGAAGAACAAGCUGCCGAUCAAGAAGCGCACGGUGGUGCAUUCCACGCCGGUGAAGGGCGCCGCCAACGCCACCAUGAACGCGUCGGAGCUGGGCCGCGUGUCGCCUAUCGCGCCCGUCGACGGCACCGACGACAUCACUGCAGGAACAUUACAGCCGCCAAAAGAAUCUCCAAAACGAAAACCAACAAGAGGCAGAAAAAUAAAACUGCCCGAGAUUCCUAACCCAGAAGCUUUAUUGCAACCAUCACCACACAGGACACGCGCGAAGCGCUCUGAGCCCAGCCCGGUGCCGGCGAGGGCCACAAGAGGAAGGAAAACAAAAGAAAUUACAAUAACAAAUACUAAAAAGCGACGAUCGUCCAUAGUUAUUACAAAGAAACCUCCAGUACUGACUCCCAAAUCUAAUCUAAAAACAAAGCAAGAUGUUCAAAUAGAAGAAACAAAUGUUGUAAGACCAAGAGCUACCCGGCAGAAGCCCGAAGCACGACCCAAAGUCGCAACACCUAAAAAAACGCGAUCCAAAAAAGUUACCUUGGUUGUAAGUAAACAAUCUCCACAGCUGAAACCGAGAUCCACAAGAAGCACUAAGAGUGAAGUUGCCGAAGAAGUAAAGGAAGUCAAAACAAGGCGAUCCAGAAAGACAACCGUUAACACUACAAAUGAUACGAAUGUAGUAGAAACUCAACCCGAGCUAGGCACGAGGCGUGGGAGAAAGACUGAGGUAAAACCUAUUGAAGCACAACAACCUCUUAAAAGAGGCCGUCGAAAUGUAACUGUUGAGGAGCCCAAGGUCGAAAUCAGUAAUAGAGGCCGUAGAACUCGAGCGAAGACUGAAACCCAAAGUAGUGUAGAAGCUGAGGCUGAGAAGUCUACAAAUAGAAGAACAAGAAAAACGCAAGAGAAAGUAGAAACUAAAGAAAUCGCUCCAAAUAAACGAUCACGGAGAGUUCAGGAAAAAGUAGAAGAAUUAGGAAAAGCCGGCACAGACGUCAAAGAAACGAGGACCAGAGGGCGUAAAGCGAAAGAUAAUGCAGAAGUUUCAGAUAAUAAAGGAAAAGUUGCUAAAGGCAAAGCGGUGGAGGCUGAGAGUGUUGAAGUCGUACCCAGAGGUCGCCGCGGCGCCGGCAGCGACAAACAUGUUGAAGUUAAAGGUAAAGGGAAGAAAGACACAAAAAAAGAUAAAGAAGGGAACGCUGAAACAAAGAAGACAAGGAAUACUGUAAAAGAACUAAAAAUUGAAAUCACAAGAGUCAAAGAGGCUGCGGUAGAAAAAGAAGCGCCGGAGGCUCCCAAAGUGGAAAGGGGUCGAAAGAGGAAAACAGCUAUCGAAGAACCUGCCAAAGACGCCGUUGUCGAGACGAAUAAGCGCCGCGCCACGCGCGCCCUCGCGCAGGCAGAAGCCACGCGGCGCACGGCCAGCCGCGGCCGCCGCCGG